UCUCCAUUUUGCCCAUUUUAUAAAGUCGCUUCCCAUUGAUUUCUGCGCUCUCGCUCUAAAGGAACUCCGGCGAGCGGCAGAGGAAGCGUCUAUGGCGACGACAUCCACUUCUCGCUCGCACAACUCCACGGCCCCCCGAAUAAGAAACGCUGCAUCAACCCUCUUUUCCGACAACCAAUCCCUCAUCUCCGACAUUCGAAAAGCCAUAACCAUGAUGAAGAAUGUUGCUGUUGACUUAGAGAAGGAACAACAGUCCGAGAAAGUUAAAGAGCUGGAAAAUUCCAUCUUAGAGCUGCUGGAGACAUACGAUGAUUGUGCUCGUUUCUCGGAGGUGAUCCAGACAAUUGGCAGCAAUUACAUACCAUCUGAGCAGCCUACUGAUUUCAAGAGGUUGCUAGAGGAUGAGGUAGCUAAAAGCAAGGAAUCUUCUCCUUCAAUGCCUCAGAACAAUCCAUUAUAUCGUCAGUUCAAGGAAGCCAUAUGGAAUGUUCACCAUGCUGGUCAACCAAUGUCGGGUGAGGAGCAAGAAGAUAUAGUCAUGACCAGUACCCAGAAUAACCUAUUAAAUACGAAGUGCCCUUUGACAGGAAAGCCUGUUAUAGAAUUGCAAAAUCCUGUCCGCUGCAUGGACUGCAAGCACAUUUAUGAGAAGGAACCAGUAAUCCACUACAUAAGCACAAAGAAACCACAUCCUCGAUGCCCAGUUGCAGGUUGCCCAAAAAUUCUCCAAGUUGGACGGGUUGUAUGCGACGCCUUGCUUACAAUAGAAAUUGAUGAAAUGCGUUUGGCAUCAGCUACAAACAUAAACUCAACAGUGGUAGAAGAUUUUACAGAAGUUGACUGAAAAUGGCAACACUGCUCCCUGCAACUGUAAGCUUGUUAUAAUUUGUUAAGUAUCUGAUAUGGUAUUGUAAAUUUUAAUAAAUAUUUGAUACAUUAGUCUUAGCUACAUGAAUACUGUUUGGAAUUUCCAAAAUCUACAUAUUUGUUUGGUUGAUCUGAGUCCAGACAAAGGAGCCAAACUUCUGAGGACAAAUAUCACGAGAAGUUGUAAUUUUUCUGGAACUAUCAAUCCUGGUUCAAUUUUUUUAAAAUGUUCCUGAUCA